AUGAGGUCAGAGCUGAAUUCUAGGAAGUUAUCAAUGAAUCAGCGGUACAUGGCGGCGCGGAGAGUCCACAUGGAGCUACCGAAGAUUCUGGACGAGAUUGAGAAGAUGGCUAGCCGGAUGAAGGACCGGAAGUACCGGUUCCAUAGGGAUCCGGACAUAGGGCGGCUGCUUGAAUCGAAUACUCCUCCUGGGACAGUUGACAUAGAGGACCAUGUUCCUGACCUUGCUACUGUGACAUGGAAGAAAAGGGCAAACAUCUACGUCAGAACGUCACUUGACCGGAACAUCUGCUUCAUAACCGGUUCCACAAUGCUCUCGCCUGGUCUCCUUCUCCUGACAGACCGCUACAACAACAGUGUCAAACUGGUUGACGUAACCACCCGCACCGUCACGUCUCGACUCCAGCUGCCAGACAGGCCUUGGGGCGUCUGCGCGAUCCCCGACGAACAGGCCGCCGUCACUCUCCCUGAAAAGUCAAUGAUCCAGCUAUUUUCUUCAAAGGGAGGCCAGUUUUCGUAUGGAAAGCAAAUUAAGGUUUCCUGUGAUUGCCAUGGUAUUGUGUUUAUCAACAAUAAAUUAUAUGUCUCAUACAUUACCAACCCGCGUAUUGAAGUAAUGACACUAGAUGGUCAGAUAGUUACUACAUUUAAAAGUAGAAUUUGGAAACAACUUUUCCGAGAACCAUAUUACCUGACAGUGUCAGCUUCUACACCGCCGACCCUAUACGUGUCCGACAAUGGUUCCAACAGCGUCCUCCAGCUUUCCAUGGACGGGAAGGUCUUGCGGGAAUACCGGGACAAGCAGCUCCGUAGUCCCAUGUCCGUGGUGGAGGUUUGGCCUGGCCAUCUGCUCGUUUGUGGUGAGUUUAGCCUAAACGUGAUGCUGCUGACGGAGGGAGACGGCAAGAUGACGGAAAUACUGCGAAAAAAUGAUGGACUGUCCAAGCCCUACUCAGUGGCCUUCUGUCCGCACACACGUUGUUUACUUGUAGGGAUGGGCAGUUAUGACUCACUUAAGGUCUUUAAAGCGUAGUUAUAUUGUUUCUCCUGAUCCAAUCUUUUUCGGGGGACAUUUCCAUGUAUAAGUGUGAAUUUGCAUUUAAAUAUUUGUUGAUACAUCCAGUCAUCAUCGAAAGUUAUGUGAAACAGUAAUUGAGAGAAUGGCAGCGUGUGAUACUGUAUCUUACCUUUUAGCAAGCAGAAAACGUACAUUUUUACGAGUGGCGACUUCGUGAAAUAUAACUUAUAGUGCUCACUCAGUGAAAUAUAUCGCAUCUUACACUAAAACAAACAAUUCCAUUUUUUAUGUUUUUGUCGAAUGAUAAUCAUCACUUUGUAUAUGUCAAAUACUUUAAAGUAAUAAUUAAACGAAAUGUUUAAUUUAAUUCUUCUAAUUAGUUGCCAAAAGGUACCUAAUUAUUGUGUUGUUUGUGUGUGCCUUUUCCAUGUAUAUUUUGUUGUUCAAAUUGUUGUUUUGUUACUUAUAAAUAUCAAUUCAUCUACCAGAAUGCUUCGAGAAGUUUAAAGAAAACUUUGAAUGUGAAGAAUAAGUAAGUAAAUUGUUUAUUAUAGUGAUAUGUGUGUACAUAGCAUAGUAACAUUUCAUAAUGAAUAGUUUUACAUUUACACCAUAUAAGUCACAUUUAGUUAAAACUAAAAAUAUAUAUUUAGUAAAGUUUAGAACAAGAAAUAAUCGACUACCAAUUGAAGUAGGAAGCUGAUAUAUGAUAGAAAAUGUGGGCUUUGUGAUAAAAACAGUAUUGGUGAUGAAUUCCAUUAUGUACUAGAAGGUAGCUAUUUAACAAAAUAUAGACUGAAUAAAAUUUAUUGAGGUAAAAUUAUACCAAUAUCCUAAUGUUUUGAAAUGUAAAGAAAUUAUGAAAAUCGAUCUCAAAGAUAAUAAAAAAACGCAAAUAAAUUUAGUUUAAAAAUACAAGACUCUGUUCUCCUUCAUAAUUAAAUGUUUAUUUGCUUGAACAGAUAUUAUUAGUUUCAAUAACUUAAAACGUAUUAAUAGUUAGAAAAAUCUGAAAAAAUAUCUGUAUUAUUAUGUUCAAUAUGUUUGUAAUGCCUCAGUAUGUUGUAUUGUAUUUCAUAUGCAUGCUCAUUUUGUCAUGUAUUAAUGACACGAGUAAAGUUUAAUAAACUUGAAACUUGGAGAAAGAUCACCGAACGUAUAAUCAACUAGAUAUGGCAGUUGAUUAAUAAUUAUUGUGUUAAAUCAUGUCGAAAUAUAGCUAGUACAAGUAUGCCGUAAAAGUUUCUCUAUCUGCUUUUCGGAGCCGAACUUGUAUUAUAAAAGUUAUUAAA